AUGGGAUGGGGUGACAAGCGCGCUCCUGCAAUUGCAGGAUUUCUGCCGACGACCCACAGCGUCCUCGGCCAUGGGCAGGAGAGCUCAGAAUGGGGUCCCUACCUCAGCAACCCCCAUGUGCAACACCCCUGUCAAACUCUCAGGCGUGCCCCACCCCAGCUCCCGCACCUGUCUGCUGGGCUCUCAACUUGGCCCGCACUCCUGCCAGCCACUCGUACAGGGUGUACUGCAGCGUGGGGUUGA